GGUGUCCGUUUGUUCAAGUGGACGUCGUUAUUGAUUACAAGACGAGUAAAGAUUGAGUUUUCUUAGCAACGGAUACCUUUUUUUCGUUUCGGCUCAAGCUAGCUCCAUGGCUAAUGUGAGCAGCCCCUAAGAUGGAGAAAGGACCAGCCAAUCCCCCCCGGUACCGCCCCGCCCCCCCUCCCAACAGCGUGAUGUCGUCCAGUCCCAGGAACUCGGUGCGCCUCCUGUCGCGGCGGGAGCGCGGUUGGCAGACGUGCAGCUCGCAGCGCCUCCUGCAUUUGCUGGUGGAGGAGAAGGUGUGCGGGAUGAAGUGGCAGAGCCAGAAAGUUGAGCUGCCUGACAGCCCCAGAUCCACCUUCCUGUUGGCCUUCAGCCCUGACCGGACCCUUAUGGCCUCCACGCACGUCAACCACAACAUUUACAUCACGGAAGUCAAGACCGGGAAGUGCCUCCAUUCCCUGGUGGGCCACCGUAGGACCCCCUGGUGUGUGACCUUUCAUCCCACCAUUCCUGGCCUAGUGGCCUCCGGAUGCCUUGACGGCGAAGUCCGCAUCUGGGACUUGCACGGCGGCAGCGAGAGCUGGUUCACAGACAGCAACGUGGCCAUCGCCUCGCUGGCCUUCCACCCGACCGCUCAGCUCCUCCUCAUCGCCACCAACAACGAGCUGCACUUUUGGGACUGGAGUCGACCGGAACCCUUCGCCGCCGUCAAGACUGCCAGCGACGCCGAGCGAGUGCGGUUGGUGCGGUUUGACCCGCUGGGGCACAACCUUUUGACGGCCAUCUUGAACCCGUCGUCCAAUCAGCAGAGCGAGGACGAUUCCGAGGUUCCCAUGGACAGCGUGGAGCAGCUGCCGCACCCUCACUUCCGCCAGCGUUCCUUCUUGCCUCAGCCCGUUCGCCGCACGCCCAUCCUGCACAACUUCCUGCACAUCCUGUCGUCCCGCUCUCCCAACGCGCAGAGCACCAGCGAGCAGGCGCGGCCCCUGGCCGACACCACGGAAUCGCCCGCCGCCCCCCUGGGCCACUUUGUCACCACGGAGCGCGGGGUGUCUUUCCUGGAAUGCACCCGCUUCCUGGGCAUGGCGUGCAUGUGCAGUCACUGCUCGGCCAACCGCGGGCCGCCUGGCGUGUCGUCAGAAGCCCCCCAGACCCCGCCUUCUUCGGUCGCCUCCUCGGCAGCCCGCACGGAGCCACGCCCCUCAGCCUUCACCUCGCUCUACUACGGUGGCAACGGCGAUCCCAACUCCACCUCCAGACCGGGACCGGACUGGACGCGCAGCUUGCUGAGUAUGAGGGAGGGCGGCGCCGGCGCCAACGUGCUGCCGCCCAGGACCUCGUCGUCGUCUUCGCUCGGCCUCCUGGCGGCGUUGCGUCAGCAGGACAGCUCGUCCCACUCGCCGGUGUACACCUCGGCCAGCGACGGACGGGGCUUCCCCCAGCAAGGGGACGGCUCGGGCACCAGCAGCGGGCACCACCCCUUCUGGGACGGCUCCCGCGGCAACCCCGCCUCCUUUCGGAACGUGUUGCAGUGCAAUCUGAGCCGCUACUUCCUGGAGUUUGAGCGCAUGCAGGACCUGGAGCCUCCGCCGGCGGGUGGCCAGGAACCGAGCCAGGAGCUUCUCAAUAACAACGUGGACUCGGACAGAGCCGGCCCUUCCUCCUCCUCCCCCACCAUCAUCCAUUACCAGCCCCCGCCACCGCCUCCCCCUUCCUCCACUCCCCAAGCCCCGGAGCCGGGGGGCUCUCGGGGGCACCUGAACCGCUGCCGCGCCUGUCACAACCUGCUGACCUUCAAUCACGAUUCUCAACGUUGGGAGCGCACCAACCAGACCUCCUCCACCUCCUCUUCCUCAUCCGCCCUGCAGCCCACUUCUGCCUUGUCCUCCUCGCCCUCUCCUUUGCCUGACGGUCCUGUCCCGAGCGCCGGGAGUUCUCUGGACAGCCAGCGACGGCCAGUGCCCACCACGGCGCCGGCGGCAGCUUUCCCUCUGCCGUCGUCUGCCGAGCAGACUGUGGGUUUGGUGUACAACCAGGACACGGCUCAGUGGGAGAGGGUGUACCGCCAGGCCGCCACCCGUGCCCCCGACCCCUCCGAGGCCUUAAGCCAGGAAAUGCCUGUGGAUCCCUCACCCGUGGACGAAGACUACCUCCGAAGGAGACUUCUAGAGUCUUCUCUCAUGUCGCUGUCUCGCUACGACAUGACCGGAUCUCGGGACCACCCCAUCUAUCCCGACCCGGCCAGGCUGUCGCCCGCAGCGUACUACGCCCAGAGAAUGAUCCAGUAUUUGUCCAGACGGGACAGUAUCCGUCAGCGCUCUCCUCGCUACCAGCAGAACCGCCUGCGGGCCAUGUCUUCGUCUUCAUCCGAUGGGCCGGCUGGAAGCGUGUCGGGCUCCGUGGAGAACCCCGACGUGGACUUUGACGAGUUGGAUGAUAACAGCGAGCGAGCGCGGCACAGGGCGCCCCGGAACGCCAGGAUGUCAGCGCCGUCAUUGGGUCGCUUCGUGCCAAGGCGCUUCCAUCUUCCCGAGUACCUGCCUUACGCCGGAAUCUUCCACCACGAGAGAGGCCAGCCGGGCUUGGCCACGCACUCGUCCGUCAACAGGGUGCUCGCCGGCGCGUCCAUCGGCGACGGCCAGUCUGCGGUGGCGAGCAACAUCGCCAACACAACGUACCGCCUGCAGUGGUGGGACUUCACCAAGUUUGACCUGCCCGAGAUCAGCAACGCCUCUGCCAAUGUGCUGGUGCCAAACUGUAAGAUUUACAACGACGCCAGUUGCGACAUCUCGGCCGACGGUCAGCUGCUGGCUGUCUUCAUUCCCAGCAGUCAGCGCGGGUUUCCCGAUGAGGGAAUCCUCGCAGUCUACUCCUUGGCGCCGCACAACCUCGGGGAGAUGCUUUAUACCAAAAGAUUUGGUCUGAAUGCUAUUUCAGUUAGCUUAUCACCACUGGGCUGCUAUGUGAUGGUGGGGCUGGCCUCUCGCAGGAUCCUGCUACAUCCCACCACUGACCACAUGGUGGCGCAAGUCUUCCGCUUGCAGCAGCCGCACGGAGGAGAGACCUCCAUCAGGAAGGUCUUCAACGUGGUCUAUCCCAUGGCGCCGGACCAGCGGCGUCACGUCAGCAUCAACUCGGCUCGCUGGCUUCCCGAUCCCGGGCUGGGUCUGGCGUACGGAACCAACAAAGGGGACCUGGUCAUCUGCCGGCCCGUGUUCUACCGCAGCGACGGCGAAAGUGCCACCGAGUCCGGCGCCGAACCUUUGUUUUCCGUCAACAACGGCAGUGGCGGCCGGACACGAGGUUCCGACCGACCCGGGCCCAGUCGUUCGGGAUGGAGGCUGGAUCGAGACAUGGGCCUGAUGAACGCCAUUGGUCUUCAGCCCAGAAACCCCGCCCCCUCCGUGACAUCCCAAGGAACGCAGACGCCCGUUGUCCAGCUUCAAAACGCCGAGACCCAAACGGAGCUUUCUGAGCCCGGCGCCGCUCGCCUCCGAGCCGCGGCCGACGGCCUCGAGACCCAGACCGCGGGAGCUUCGGACGGGAGUCAUGGCGGCCGUGCCUUAGGGGAGGUCCCGCCCAACGCAGGUGAGGUCCCGGAAGGUGGAGGUUCCAGCGAAGAUGCUCUGGCUCGGAUCCACCGCCUGAUCGCUGAGCGCGGGAUGACGGCCGUGGUGCAACGCGAGCAGAGCACCACCAUGGCGUCCAUGGGUGGAUUCGGCAACAACAUCAUCGUCAGCCAUCGGAUCCAUCGUGGCUCGCAGACUGGCGCCAGGACAGGCAGGACCGCUGUCGGACCCGCCGCCGUUGCCGCCUCUUCAGGGGCGUUUCUCGUCGGCCGGGCCACCGACCCGCCCGAGCGCCUCGCUCCCCCGUGGGGCCCUCGCUCCGCCGAAGGCGCCGACGAUGUUUUUGACGGCGGCAGCGCGGAAGAGGACUCGCUGCCGGGCCCCUCCUCCUCCUCCCCCUCCCGUCACAGCAGUUUCCAGGGUGACCCAUACAGUAGGUAGUGAGGGUUGGCCCCCAAUCUGAGCGAAGUUUGCCCUUAUCUUCCCUUCAAACCUUCAAUGGCGUCAGCGUGCACUUCCCGCCCAUUUGGAAGCAGCGCCAACAUUCCCACCACAAAAGGGCUCGAGCGCGGAAGGGCUCGAGCGCAACCCGCGCCCACCCGCCGGCGCGCUCGCACGUUAGCUCGAGCGCCACGUCCCGGAGCCUGGCUCCCUCUACCAGCUGGUGGUUAGCUUGCACUUUUGUAUUAUGUGACCUUGAAACGCCGUUGUCGGUCAUCUGUCGCGACUGAAGCUCCUCCCGACAACCGUGUGCGUGCGACGCGACGGCCGCUCGCUCACCUAAUUUAUUGCGGGAAGGAAAUCUUCUUUGGACUGCUUGGGAUCACGCGUUAAAACAUUCCCACUGUCAGUAAAGUCCAGCUUGUGAUUGGUUACAGCGACGACCAAAGUCGCUCUCGCUUCAUCACCACCAGAAAGCCGCGCGCAUCUCCCUUGUCCCCUCAGACUCCUUGAAAAUAAAACUUGAAAUGUUUCCUGUCGACUGUACAGGCACCACGUUUACAUUUCCUGUUUUAAGCGAGUGUGUGUGCAUGCCCGCACAAAUGCGUGCGGGUGAUGAACCUUGAGAAGUGCAGUGAGACUUGUGAUUGUUAAGGUUUGGAUGGUGACCUGGCCCAGGUCCUCCUGGCUUUACUUGACUGGUUAACACUGAACUUAAGGCGCUGGUCGCAGUGGCGCUCUCGCUGCCGGCGCCGCAACGUCGCUGUCACCAGUCAUUGCUCUGAUUUUUAGAUGUGAUGUCAUUAAAGAACGUGGAGACUCCAA